AUGGGAAAUUCUAUAGAGAUUAAUCAAACAUUAUCUUAUUCAACUCUUUAAGGUUAGGAAAUACUUCUACCUUUUAAGGACUUAAAAGGAAAGUAAAAUUUUCCUAAAGUGCCUACAAGAGAAAAAGAUGUUGAAAUUAUGUUUUAAAAAUGGUUCAGCAAAGUAAACAAUAUAAUUAUUGUGGCAGAUUUUGAUUGGAAGAAGAGAGAAAGAAAAGUUGAAAGGAAUUCCUUUAAAAUAUAAAUUUAGAUUAUGUUACAAACAUGACUAAAUCAUUUAAGAGAUCACUAAAGGGGAAUAAUAUAAAUAGAAAAUGAUAUAGGAGACAGAAAAACUAAUUUAAAAAGUGUUUGCAUAAUAAGACGUUGUUUCAUUAGAAGGUACAUCUGAUAUUCCAUAUUUUAAGCAUUAUAGAGAAAUUUAACAAUUGAUGAAUUUCUUGAGCAUAAAAUAGCUAUAAUUGCUAAGGGAGAUUUGAUUGCUAAAUUAAUUUUAGAAUUGAAGACUUAAGAAUUGUUAUCUAGACAUUCUAAAAAUUUUAGAGAUCAAAUUGUUAUAAUAAAAAUUUUUGAAAAGCUAUUACAUCAUGAAACAGGUACACUUUGAAUUUCAAUUUUAUUAUAGGUGUUUAAUUAUUAUGUGAUACUUCUAACUUCUUCUAAAUUAUGUUUAGUACAUUUCAUCCUGUAGAACCUGAACUUACAGGAUUAAUGUUAUAAGUUUUAGGUGGUAAGUCUGGUUUAUGUUGGUAACCUGAAUGUUUAGAAAAUAUUCUUGAUGCAAUGACAGAAUUUUAAAAUAAUCACAGAUUAUAAACAAAGUAAUUAAAAUAGUUAAAUUUAUAGAUUUGAUGUUAUAAUACGUAGUAUUUACUAUUCUAAGAAUUUAAUAAUCAUUUAUCAUUUACUUUAAUUUUUAUUUAACUUUUUAUUUUCUGUGGAAAAACCUGAAUCUGAUGCAUUACAUAAGGAAUUAUUAGAAACAGUAAUAAAUGGUAAAAGAAUUGAUGAAAUAUUUCAAUAAGUUAAAAUUAGAAUUGUAAAAGAUUACUAUUAAAUUGAAGAAUGCACUUAUUAAGGUGUGAGAUAAAAAUUAGCUUAAUUCUAACAUCCUCUUGUUGAAAAAUAAUCUUAAGAAAAUGAAUUUUUUUCUAUGUAGAGAUUUAAGACAAUUACAGAAAAGCCUCCUAAAGAUUCUAUUAAACCUAAUAUUGAAUUUGAUUUAGAAGAAACAGGUAGAAUUAAAUUUGAGAAUUGUUUUUAUUUUGAAUAACAUGAUGUUAAACUUUUUAGUAUUUUGAAAAUUCAAAUUUUUGAAUUAAUGGAUGGAAUUUUAAAUAUUGAUUCUAUUUUAAUUUAAAUUGAAAAUGAUGAUGUUGAAUAAACUGAAAUUAUUUCUAACCCAAAUGAAAUAUUCAAUGAAAUGUAAACAUUGGCUGAAGUAGAUGAAGAUGAUGAAGAAGAUUUUGAUAAUAGAUUAGUAAGUUUCUCAAAAAUAAAGAAUAAUGAUUAAUUUAGAAAUCAAGGCAAUAUGAUCAAAUAUGCUAAUGCUAAUUUGUAAUAAGAAUAUAAUGCUUUAGAAGAAAAACAUUAAAUUUUAUAUUCUAAAUAUGAAGAGAUGGAAAAAUAAUAUAGAGAAUUAUAAUCUUAAUUAAUUGAUGAAUAAGAAAAGAUCAAAAAGCUUGAAGAAUAAAAUGAGAAAUUAUUAUAUCACACAACAAAUUAAAACUAAGAUUAAGAGAAUGUGAAUACAUUAGUUUAAGAAUAAAUUGAAUUUCUAAAAUAACAACAUCAAGUGUAAUUAAAUUCUUUGACAGAAGAACUAACUUAAUUAAAAGACUAAAUUCAAAAUUAGAAUUUACUUGAGAAUUAACUAAUAAAUUAAAUUGAAAUUGAAAGAACAAAAGUUUAAACAUAGAAAUAAUAAAUUGAUUUAUUAUAGCGAUAUAUAGAUUAAUAUUCUUCUCCUUCAAUUAUAGAUAAAAAUGAUGAAAAAUAAAUUGAAGAAUAACUAACCCAAGUUAAUAAUAAUGUUAAUUAGGAUUAAAAAGUAAAUAAAGAUACUCAAUAAAUAAAUACAACAGAAUUAAUAUAAAAAGAAGAUAAUUAAAAGAAUGAAAUUUAAAAUAAUAAUAAAAUAGAAUAGUAAGAAUAAAACUAAACAUAAUAAAAAGAAAGAAAUGUAUAAGAAUAAAAUAUAAAUUAAGAAACAACAUAAAUUGAAUAAAAUAAUUUAAAUAAGUAAUUUGUUGAUAUAAAUAUAAUUGAUAAAAAGUAAAUGAUUAAUAAUGAAUCAUAAACUAAUUAAAAAUUAUAUAUAACAUAAGAGACUUAAACUACUUUUGAAUAUUCUAUUAAUACUUCUACUUUAGCAACAAUUUAAGAAAAAAAGGAAAUAUAAAUAAAUCCACCUAUAUAAGUAUCUUAACCUCCUCUACCACCUCCACCACCUCCACCAAAUUAAUAAACAAGUGCAAUUCUACCUCCUCCACCUCCACCACCUCCUCCUGGUUUAAAAACAACUGGACCUCCUCCACCUCCACCUCUUAAAGGAGUUUAAUAAACACCUAAAAUUUAAGAAUCUCCAUUCCCUUUCAAUAAAACUGAACUUAUUCCUUCAGUUCCUACUAAAACUUUAAAUUGGAUUUUAAUUUAACCUUAAAAUAUGAAAAAUACUAUCUAUGAAUCUAUUUAUUAAGAAAUUUAUGAAAUAGAUACUAAAUAUUUAGAAACAUAUUUUUAUAAAAUUUAAACUUCAACAUCUUAAUAGCAAAAUACUGAAAAUACAGUUAUUAAAAAGGUAGUCUAAACUAAAAUAUAAUUAAUUGCUACAGAUAGAUCUAAAAAUAUUGAAUUAGUCUUAGGAAAAAUUAAAAUACCAAAUGCUUUAAUUAUGAAAUCAUUAUUAUCAAUUGAUUUGAAUAUACUUAAUGAUUCAGCAAUAGAUUCUUUAGAUACCGUAAUUCCAACAGAUGAAGAAAUUAAGAUUGUAAGAAUAAUAUAUUUAAUUUAAGGUUAGCGAAUUUUAAGGUCAAAGAGAUCUACUUGGAGUUGUUGAAACAUUUAUUGAUAGUAUUAGAUAAAUUAAUGGGUUUUAAUAUAGAAUCAGAUCAUUAAAAUUUAGAUCUGUUUAUGAUGAUUAUAGAUAAGAUUUGAUUGAUAAAAUGGCAAUUUUAACUUCAAGAUUUCAAGAAAUAAGAAAUUUAAAAGGACUUUAAAAGAUAUUGCUUAUAACUUUAAAUAUUGGAAACUUUUUAAAUGGUAUACAUUAAUUUAUAAAAUUUUAGCUAAGACUCCUAGAGGUAGAGCCUUAGGUUUUAAAAUAGAAGCACUUGAUAUUUGUGCUGAAAUUAAAACAUCUGAUAAUCAAAAUAAUAAUUUAUUAUUGUAUAUUAUAGAAAAGACAGAGUAAAUGAUAGGAGGUGAAAUAAUUUCUGAAGAAAGUAAUUAAAUAAUUUAAUAUUAGAAUUGAAAACAUUUGAAGUCCUUUAAAGAGUACCAGUUCAUCAAUUAGUAGUUGAUUUAGGAGAUAUCAAAAAAGGUUAUAGUUUUAUAAAAAAAGCUAUGGAUUCAUAAACAGAUGAUCCAUAAGAUUUAGUAUAAUAAAAGUUUAAGGAUGUGUAUGAAUCUAUUACAAAAGAUAUUGAAGAACUUGAUAAGAAGAUUAAUCAUUUGGAAGAGGAAUAUAGAACUUGUGCAUAAUUUUAUGGUGAAAAUCCAAAAGAUCCAUCUGAUAAAUUUGGAGAUAAAAUAUUGAAAAUAUUCAGACAAAUUUUAAGAUAAAAGUUAGAGAAAUUAUAAAGAGAAGAAAGAUAAAAAAGAUAAGAUGCUUUAAAAAAAAGAUAAAUGAUGAAAAGUACACCGUUAACAGCAAGAAGAGCAGAUGAAGGACCUAAACCACCUCCAAAAGAAGCAUAAAGAUCAUCAGUUCUUAAAACAAUUAUACCAAGAUAAUCUAUCAAAGAUUCUAUUAGACUUGAAGUGCCUUCAAAUAAAGCUCCUAAAAAAAGUUUUAUUGCAAACGAAAUUAGUUAGCUUCGUCAUAUGAAAUAAGUUAGAGCUAGUAUAUUAACAGUAAACAAAAAAUGAAGUUUAAUGAGAACACUAG